CUUUUGCGUGUGAUUUCUUCUCUUGUCUUUGUCUUCUCUUUUCGAUUUUUUUUGUUCUUUGUCCUUUUUUAUUUCUUAUCCAUAUGUUUGUAAUCUUGUUCACACAUCUCACGGAAACCUUGUCUCAACGACUCAAGUCCCAUUUUCUUGUUUGUACUUCGUACACUUGGUUGGCAAGCUGUUAGACAAAAAAAAAAGAAGUCGGAAAAGGACUUCUCCUGUGCUUGUGCAAGAAAAUACAAUACCUCGUCAGCAAAUCCAAGAAAGCGCGUGCACGUCUGACAGAAUCAAAAUCUUUUGCCAAAUUCCCUACUACCAAAGAGUUGGAAAACAGCGCGCCUCGUCUCGAAUAUUGACAAGACUCUAGCUAAGCUAGCAACUCCUAACAGCUCGGAGGGCAAGGGGAGGCGAGGGCCCCGUAUAUACACACCUACACACAUCCGAUCCCCAUCCGAGCCUUGAACACCCAAAAGCCGCUGAAUCUUCCCCUCACCGGGGUAUAGCCGCCCACAAUGCUCGACGAGAACCUCCCUAGCUUCCAGUUCCGCCCGAGCUCGGACAAUCCAGAUGCAGCCGUGCUCUUCUUCACGCAAAACGGCUCCGAACCCGAGCCUGAAUACGUCUUCAAGCGCGCCGACCCAAUCUCCCAGCCCGAAUGCCGCGGCAAUUACGCCGCCGCCAUCGUCGACCCCCACCAGCCGGGCGUCGUCUACGGCGAAGUACUGGUGGCGCCGGAGUGGACGCAGCCGACGCUCUCUGCUGCCGAGAUUCGCGCGCAAAACGGCGCCGCCGCCGGACCCUCCUCCCCGGCCGUCCCCGACGCCUUCUCUGUGCAGCUGUACAACCCGGACCAGUCGGUUGUGUUCAAGAUGUUUGGUAGCAGCGGCUGGGGCAAGAGCGGCGGCUGGGAGUUUGAGAUACCGUCGCGGAGCUUCAGGAUGCCCAGCGCGAGCCAGCUGGACCGCCAGCAGGCCGACGCCACCGUCACGAGCGACAUUGCGCCCAAGGUCAUGUUCAAGUGGAAGAGGGACGGGAGGCUGUCCAAGGACAUGACGUGCUACAUGUCCGGCCGAAGCCUGGGUCGACACAAGAGCAAGGAGCCCGAUAUUACAAUCGCCUUCCUCAAGCAGGGCCGCGACCCGGCCCUGACCAUAUACGAGCCGAACAUGCGCCGUGUCGACGUCGAGGACCGCAAGGGGCUAGACUUGGUCCUGCUGCUCGGCGCUGCCGUCAUCAGGGACUUGUACCUGGUUCCGAGGCAGGACCCCUUCAACAUGAUGACCGAGACCGGCGGGAGGCUACGCAAGAACUCUCGGCCCCCAGUGCCGCUUGCAGCAUCCACCAACGGCGGCGGGCCCGUAAUGUCCGGCGCCAUCGCCAACAACAGCACCACCACAACCCCGGCCGCCAUGUCAUCGGCGCCUCCCUCAUCUCGACCGCCCACGGGUCCCGCGACUCAAGCCGAGAUCGACGCCGAGACCGCCCGGCUCAAAGCCAUGGUGGAGCAGGAGGAGCGCGAGGCGGACGAGCGGGCACGGCGAGAGGUGGAGGAGCAGCGGCGCAUCAAGGAGAUGCUGGAGCAGGAGGAGCAGCGCGAGCGGCAGCGGCGCGAGGCCGAGAUCGCCGCCGAGACGGAGCGCCUGCGACAGAUGUACGGCACCGAGGGGCAGGAUCUGCCGUCAGCCCGCCCGAACCUGCCGCCGCGGCCGGCGGACCCGCGGCCCGGGAGCGCAGGCCCCUCGAGCUCGGCCCAACCGUCGCUUUCGUCGUGGUGGCGGGGCGGUGGGACACCCCAGCAGCCCGGGGCCCAGUCUUCGGGCCAGGGCGGUGCAGGCGGCGGAGGGGGCAGCAGCAGCAGCGUUGCGAACCGGCUCUCGACCAACCCCUACGUCAACAACGCUGCGGCUAGCGUGAGCGGCUUUUUCAACCGGGAGAGGGAUAGGAGAGGGGAGGAGGGGAAGAAGGUGCGCAAAAAGAGGAGUGUGCACUUUUAAGGAAGCGACAUGGUCACAUUUUCUUGAUGAAAUGUACAUGGAAUUUUAUUUAUUCUUCUUGUUGCCGGAGCAUUGGGUUGGUUUCCUUUUUUUUUUGUUACUGCGGAGCUUUUUGUUUGGUUUGCUCCUCCAGCAUGGUUUGGUUUGACGAGUGAUGAUAAAGGUCCCCUUUUUUGUUUUAGUUUACAAGGCGGUCAAGGCAGCUUUGCACGCAUAUUAUACCGUUUUGACGAUCCCUAAGAACGCGAGCAGCAAAGACACACGAGAGGCGGCUGAGCAGGGGGAAAAAAUAAAUGAACGAAAACAACCUGAUUCCAAGGUCGAUUGAAUAAAAACAAACCCUUACAGUGGUAUUUCCAACACCGUAGUACAAAGGAACUUGAAAAAGAAUAAAAACCCAAGCCCCAUAAAAAAACCGAGUAUUCGCCCUGAAACAAAGAAAAAAUUCCGCCCACCUCUAAAAUAAUCGUGUCAUAGAAUCGAAGAUACAAGGAAC